UGGAUCAACGACGCCGAAGCUCUCCCUGAUUUCACAGCAAUGGCUCGAAAGGCUCUUCUCCAAGUCUUGGAUGAUGACUUCCCUUCAAAAUACCCUGGCGGUGUUUCUUUCUUUCGAAAGGCAUUUCGAGGGGCGUCCAAGAUCGAUUUGAGUCCCUUCUCAAGGUUGCCAAACACCGCGAUUCUCCAUUUACUUGAGGACCUUGAAGUCACCUCGACCGUAACGUCUUUAGACGUGUCCAUGUGCCAAAUCACUGGCGAAGACUUGAAAGCGUUGGUGUCGAGCUGCAAGACGCUGAAGGAACUCGUUCUCAUGCACAUGCCACAGCUCGACUUGCAGUCUGCCGUCUCUGCAAUAGCCGGAUCUAAUGUUUCUGAGUUGCUUCACACGGAUCUUUUUAUAUCCUUUUUCGCUACUGAUACGAAGUCUGCGUCUUCUCUCCACCUUCCUGUCACCAGACCCGGACGCAUGUCGCCAGUCUCUCAGAUUCUGCGGCUCGGGCUCGAAGAGAGCGACACUGAUAUGACGGCUGGUCCCGAUGCUGCAUUCCAAAAUAUGUGUGACAAGCUUCGCGAAGAUUUGAGCAUGUCUGUACACGUAAGGAGACUGCUAGACAUUCGUGACGCAUGGGCUCCACUAAAUCACGUCGUGUGUACAAUUGCACGCAUAUUGCGUGGCGUGUACUUCGGUCAUUACACGGAAAAUGGGGCGGAUAGUAAAUUUGUUGCAGCCUCUCUUGCUGUGGGUCCUACGGUACGUUUCGAGGUCUAUUCGUCUUUCUAUUCUCAAUUGGGGCGCUUCGCUUCUUGAUAUGAUAAGAUUUGAUGUAUAUACAUUCUUCCUUGCUUUGAGGCCAAAUCUUCAGACUUG